GUUCCCGUGCGGCGCGAGGCUCUCCCGUGAGCGCGGGCGUCGGAAGCGGCGGAGGUGGCAGUGGCUUCCCUGGGUUGGCCUUCCCUGCACGCGCGUGUUUGUAUCUAAAUCGCAGGAGACUGUCUCUUCCUCAGCUUGCUGGCGCGAGGAGCCGGAGCCUCGACAAGAACACCAUGCACCCCAGCUCUAAAGAAGGAAGACUUUCAAGCCCCCUUGUCAGCGGAGCUAUAAGGUGAACUGCAGGAAGAUCCCAGCCCCAUACACGUGGGGCAGAGCCAGCAGAGGCCAGAGCUAUUGCUCCGUGCAGACCACCAGAGGAUGUCUCCCAGCCUUCAGGGAGGCUCUCAGCUCGGGGAAAGCAAACCCUCAACUUGCUCCUUUUCAAUUGAGAAAAUCUUAGGACUGGACCAGAAGAAAGAUUGUGUUCCAUUAAUGAAACCCCACAGGCCCUGGGCAGACACCUGCAGCUUCUCAGGGAAAGAUGGUAACUUACGUCUACAUGUCCCAAAUCCUCCCGGUGGGAUUUCAUUCCCCAGCAUGGUGGAUCACCCAAUGCCAGAAGAAAGAGCUUCGAAAUAUGAAAAUUACUUUUCAGCCUCAGAAAGACUGUCUUUGAAAAGAGAGUUGAGUUGGUAUAGAGGCCGAAGACCAAGAACUGCUUUUACUCAAAACCAGAUUGAAGUGUUAGAAAAUGUCUUUAGAGUAAACUGCUAUCCUGGCAUUGAUAUUAGAGAAGACUUAGCUCGAAAAUUGAAUCUAGAGGAAGACAGAAUCCAGAUAUGGUUUCAAAAUCGGCGUGCAAAACUGAAAAGGUCCCAUAGAGAAUCACAGUUUCUAAUGGUGAAAAAAAAUUUCAACACAAAUCUCCUGGAAUAGAUAGAAAACUAAACAAGUGAAAUUAUCUUCUAAUUGCAGAGCAUGAAGAAUCAGUGGAAAUAUUACAUGUUAAAAUGUGUUGUUUUCUUUCCUGCAUUUAAUCUGAACAUUGUCAUUUUUUCUGAAAAUAUAUUGUAUGUAAUUACUAUUAUAGCAUGGUACAUAUUAUAUUUGGGCACUUUUAGUUAUAGUAAAGACCUUUUCUAUAUAUUUUAAUAAACAUUUUCAGAAAAGUUUGCUAUUUUUUAAGUGAGCCAAAUUAAUCUAAUAAAUUAGUUUGUUAAAAUCAAUAGACUCAUGACUAAGUGACUCCACAAGCUGGAUUCUAAUUAUAAAGUAUUUCAAGUAAAAUAAUCUGAAGAACAAAA